AUGUCGUCUUCCGCGCCCCAGUCGCACCUAUCGCCGACCACCCCGGCUGGCGAACGGCCCCUUAGCUUCUACGAUAACCUGUCAACUUCGUCGUCCGGUGGCCGGACGAUCCAGUUUCCGGACAUUCAGUUCCGGUUCGAUGAAAACAUUCCCGAUCGGCGAUCGGUACACAGCACCGCUAAAUCGGACUUUUUUGGGCUGAGCGUCGCACCGCCGACUGCUGGCCCACUUAGUCUGGACGAGGUCCCACCCAACCACAACAUCACUUCGCCAACCACUCCGAUCCGAUCGUACGACCAUGGGAAUGCCGGUGCAUCCGCUUCUUCGCCAACAUCCAGCGGUGCGUCGACUGCACCGAUGCGAUCGCCAUCGGUGUCACCGUCCAGCGCCGCGGAAAUGGCAAGCGAAGCGACCACCAGCACGCCACGCUGCUCGCGUCCCAAUUCUACCAUCAAAACCAUCAGCAUCAAACUGCCCGACACUAGUGGCCCUUCAGAGGCCGUAUACAUGACGACAACCGUGCCGCAAAACUUUACCAAAAAUGCCAGCACGCUCAUCGGCCGACACAAACCAACGCGCAGCAGCCUGCGCCACAGUCGGAUGCUGGUGGUAAACAAAUCGGUUCCUGUGCUAUAUCCACCAGGCAAUUCGCUCAACCUGCGCCAUCUGCGCCUGUGCCGCACGGUGAUGAUUUUGCAAAUCCUAAUCGGUCUAGUGCUGAACGUGAUCGGGCUUGCCAUCAUGGUGUGGUCACCGUCCACCAACACGAAAGACAAUCCUUACUGGUCAGGCAUGAUCCUCAUUGUGUGUGGAGCGCUGUUUCUGAUACUAUUCCAGUUCAAGCGUGCCCGCAACGGUACGUCGAAAGGAGGAUCCCAGAACGUUUCACGACUGUUGCAUCAGCAGCAGUCACCCUGGCGCGAAAAUUGCUUUCACUUUCUGCGUGUGAACGCACUGAUCGUACUGCUGCUGACCAUCUUCUUUACCAUGCUGGCGUUCAUCUAUGCGCUGAUACAUGCGACCAAUCUGUCCGCCGAAGGAUUGCGCUGCGAGCCACAGUUUACGUUCAACGUUAACUCGUCCACCUGCGUCUGCACGAUCGAUACCCGCGCGGCAAGGGCAACGAUGGCGACGAUGAUGGCAAAUACGACGAACCCACCGGAUGACUUCGGUACGAAUGACACGCUACCGAUGAUCAGUGGUUUUAACUUCCAAAACGGCGAUGAAUCCCGCGUGCCCGAGGGUGUAAUAAGGCUGGAAUAUCGCGACUUUAAUUGUAACGAAGUGCACGGCAUCUGGUACUACGUGAUGAUUGUCUCGACGAUUCUAAACCUUGCUGGUUGUCUGCUGGCAACCACCUUCCUAGUCAUCUACAGCAUCGAGUGCUUACGGCGAUCGGAUCGUCCUACCAAUCGUGCAAAGAAUGGAGGCGAAUCGGGCGAACGGAUGGCUGACAAUGCUAUUACGGCAACUAACAAUCCCCUGACGAGACAGCAACCGUCGCCAACUAGCGCACCGGAUGCAUCGACCCAACCACUACUGCUGGCAGUGGCUGCCACACAGCAACCAGCACACCCGCCAGAUACUAGCCUGCAUAGUAGCGGCAGCAAGCAUGAAACCGGAGGACACACCGACACAACCACGCUCUCUGCGGAGGAUAACACACUGACGACGAUGCUGUCUGACGAGGAAGACCGGGUACUAAUGUCUUGA